GUGUCCUCAGGGGGCGGGGCCUGCGGAGUCUACGGCUUUCCCCUACUGCCGACGGUAGGGGGCCGAGGAGUGACCGAGCCCGGGGCUGCGCAGUCCGACGCCGACUGGGGCACGAGCGGGCGACGCUGGGCCUGCAGCGCGGAGCAGAAAGCAGAACCAGCAGAGUCCUCCCUGCUGCCGUGUGGACGACGCGUGGGUGAGGGCAGAAGUGGGCCCUGUGACCAGCUGUGCUGGUUUCGUGGAAGGGAGUUCCAGGACUGGCAGGAUGGGCUCAGCCUGUAUCAAAGUCACCAAAUACUUUCUCUUCCUCUUCAACUUGAUCUUCUUUAUCCUAGGUGCAGUGAUCCUGGGCUUCGGGGUGUGGAUCCUGGCCGACAAGACCAGUUUCAUCUCUGUCCUGCAAACCUCCUCCAGCUCGCUCAAGAUGGGCGCCUACAUCUUCAUCGGCGUGGGGGCGGUCACCAUGCUCAUGGGCUUCCUGGGUUGCAUCGGUGCCGUCAACGAGGUCCGCUGCCUGUUGGGGCUGUACUUCGCCUUCCUUCUCCUGAUCCUCAUUGCCCAGGUGACGGCGGGGGCCCUCUUCUACUUCAACGUGGGCAAGCUGAAGCAGGAGAUGGGUGGCAUCGUGACCAAGCUCAUUCGAGACUACAACAGCAGCCGUGAGGACAGCCUGCAGGACACCUGGGACUACGUGCAAGCUCAGGUGAAGUGCUGCGGCUGGGUCAGCUUCUACAACUGGACGGACAACGCUGAGCUCAUGGAUCGCCCUGAGGUCACCUACCCCUGUUCCUGCGAAGACAAGGGGGGAGAGGACAGCAGCCGCUUAGUGAGGAAGGGCUUCUGCGAGGCCCCUGGCAACACGACCCAGAGCGGCAACCACCCUGAAGACUGGCCUGUGUACCAGGAGGGCUGCAUGGAGAAGGUACAGGCCUGGCUGCAGGAGAACCUGGGUGUCAUCCUCGGCGUAUGCGUGGCCGUGGCCGUCAUUGAGAUCCUGGGGAUGCUCCUGUCCAUCUGCCUGUGCCGGCAUGUCCAUUCUGAAGACUACAGCAAGGUCCCCAAGUACUGAGGCGGCUGCUGUCCCCAUGUCCCUGCCCGGCCCCCAACCUCAGGGCUCCCAGGGUCUCCCUGGCUUCCUCCUCCAGGCCUGUCUCCCACCUCACUACCAGGGCCCCCUUGCCAGCCUUGACUGAAGAAAGCAGGGGGCUUUCUGGGGCCUGGCAUGCUUUCCUGGCCUUUCCGUUGCCAGCCUUGAGCCCUGGCUGUUCUGUGGUUCCUCUGCUCACUGCCCAGCAGGGUUCUCUUAGCAACUCAGAGAAAAACGCUCCCCACAGCAUCCCUGGUUCAGGUGGGCUGGUCUUCUGCCUGCCCUCAGGGUGUGUAUAUUGUAUAGGGGCAAAUGUAUUAAAAUUGGGGAGGUGGGCAUUAGAUAAGGCACCCUGGGCUGCCAGGAGAAUGCCUACUGGGUGGGUCAACUUAUUUCCCACAAUGACAUUGGCAUCUUUGUUUUUUCACAAUUGUAUUGAAGGCAGUGGGCGAGGGUGGGCUUGACCUGUUAUUAAGGGGUGGUAUCCCUUCCUCAGGCCUGACUCAGUCCCAUCCAGACAGCUCAGAUCAGCCUGUCCCAUGCCCUGGGGACAGGGCCUAUGGGAGCUGGGCUGGAGGGGCUUUGCCUGGGUAAGGGGAUCUAGCUUGGCCCUGAGCUACUUAGGGGCAGGUGAGCCCUUGGGGACAUGACACAGAGCUGGCCCUGUAUUCUCCAGGGUCCUGAGCUGUCCAAGGGUGGGGAGGAGGAGGAUGGCUUCUCCUGGGAGAAGGUGGGCUGGCCUUUCUUGGUAAGCUGUCUUCUGUUCCCGGGGAGGGGGGUGGGGGGGUGGGUGAGGCUGUGCCUUGUAGAGGGGAGUGGGGAGGGGGCUCUGUGUGUCUCAUUCUGUAAAAUAUACUCAAGGUUCUAAGACUAUUAAAGAGGAUUUAUAACGA